CAUUGCACAGGAAAUUCUUUCAUAUGGCAUCGGAGUAUUUAGUGUUGCACCCGCGCAAGGCAACAAACCGGUUGGUUUUUUCACCUUACCAAAGUUGGAGAAGUAACCCCAUCACAGUAAUGCGCGUGUUUGAAAAGAGAGUAGAGGCUCUCAUGACAAACUGCAUCCUCUCUCCUUCACAACCGAUUGGUGAAGUGGAAGAUUAUUUUUAUCGCGUUGAGUUCCAAGCCAGGGGAAGCCCGCACAUCCACAUGCUCAUUUGGAUAAAAGAUUCACCUAAAUUUGAAGAGGACCCCGACAGACACGUCAUGGAAUUUAUAGAUAGAUACAUUAGUUGCAAAAUGUCCGACCCUGACACAGAUCCGGAACUCCACAAAAUAGUGUCAGAGGUUCAGGUGCACAGCAGGAAACAUUCAAAGUCCUGUAAGAAGGGAAAUGUAGCCUGCAGGUUCGGCUUUCCAAAACUACCGAUGGAUAAAACAUUCAUCACCAGGCCCCCCACUAUUAAUUGCCACCAAAAAGAGGAUCAAAAUGAUGCAGACUUCGAAGCGCAAAUAGAGGAGCAGAAAAGGGCCCUCGCAGAAAUGCAAAAAUUGGCUAAACAAACGCUCCAACCAGUUAGAGAUCUGCUUAUGGAUCCAGGCGCUUCGUUCAGCAGUUUGACAGACUUGCUUUGCCAGUGCAACUUAACUUACGAGCAAUACUUUGCCGCCGCACAGUGCCUGGCAAAUACCCAUGUCGUGAUGCUGAGGCACCAUCCAAAUGAUUGUUGGGUUAAUGCCUACAAUCCUGAUUUGCUUAGAGCGUGGAAGGCAAACAUGGACAUCCAGUACGUCAUAGACGACUACAGCUGCAUCAUGUACAUGAUGUCAUAUGUAGCGAAACCGGAGCACGAAAUGACGGAAUUCCUUAAGAACGUCAUCAAACAUGUAAAGACAUCUGAUGUUAACAAGCGCGACGAAAUGAAACAAAUUAUGCAGGCCUACUCUAAACACAGAGAGGUCAGCGCUCAAGAGGUUGUAGCCCGUACCUGCAGCUUACGCCUCAAGAAGUGCUCCCGAUCCGUGGUGUUUAUUCAGACCAACGAGGAAGGUCUGAAAAUGAGUCACCCUAUGAGUAGACUGGAAAGAAUGGAACCUGGAUCAGUGGAAGUAUGGAUGUCGGGGGUUGCCUGAAAAAUACGUCAACAGACCUCUCACUCGAGAGUUUGAACGUAUGUGCCUGGCCGAGUUCGCGUCAGACUACAGGGUAGUCUACGGCCGGCAAACAGAAAGCCCGAAUGCCAUUCCAUUGUUGAACGAUGAAGGAUUUAUUCAAAAGAGAACCGUAGGAAAACCAGCAAUCAUUAGAUUUACUCACUUCUCUGAGGAAAAAACUCCAGAGAAGUUUUAUAGAAGAUUGCUGAAACUUUAUCUCCCACAUCGAUCCGACGCUGAUCCGAGAGAUGAAGCGCACCCCACUUAUGAAGAGUUUUAUAAGUGUAGCGACAAAUGGGGUAUGAGAGUAGAGGAAAUAGUGAGGCACAACAAAAAACGUUAUGAGGGCCAAGGAAAAAACAUGGAAGCUGCUUUUCAGCAGCUUCAUGUGUGCAGUCCUCUCGUGAAUGCUUGGAACUCUUUUGCGCCCGAAGUUGGAGUUGACCGGCUGGAGUGCCUGGCUGAAUGUGAACCUCGCGAUCAGGAGCAAAACAGUGAAGAUGUCCCAGAAUUCGGCACUAAGAAGGAUAAGGGGAGCUCUAUGCCUAGAAUAGAUGCUCCAGAGUUGAGUCCAGACUUUGUUAGGAAAAUGUACCAAAGUCUGAACGAAACUCAGGCCUCCGUUUUCUACACUGUUCGACAGUGGUGCCUUGAACUAGUCUGGGGCCACAAUCCAGAACCAUUUUAUUACUUCCUGUCGGGAGGGGCUGGAUGUGACAAAUCGCAUGUGAUUAAGUGCAUUCACCACGAGGCAACGAGAAUUCUGCGUGAGCUCCCGAGAUUUCGGGACCAUGCAGACAGGCUCUUGCUUACGCAGGCAGUGGCUGAUAGUCUGCAUUGCUCAGCACUGAGUCUACACAUCUACGCCACAAACAAAGAAGUAGACCGUCACAACGCAGACAUCGUAACUGCUUCCUACAAGGAUGCGAUUGGAGUUGCAGCUCGUGAUUUUCGAAAAGACCCCAGAACUGGCUGCAUGACGUUUGUGUUUUAAAUUAAAGGACACAAGCGAGAUUUGCCCGACAACAUAAUGGCUGCUCAAGGAGUACGCGUUAUGUUGAUCCGAAAUUUAGAUGUGGAAGACGGCCUUGUGAAUGGUACAUUUGGAACCAUUUCUAACAUUGUAAUUAGAGAACCUGAAGGCGUGAAGAUGAUUGGACUCCUGCUGGACAAUACUACAGCAGGACAGAGAUACUGCAAAAAAAUCUUAGGUCCCUCAGAUGACUCAGUGUACAUCGAAAGAUCUGAGGAGAACCUAAGUAACAAGAAGGGGGUUAUUCGCCAGCAGUUCCCCGUGAAAUUAGCUUUUGCUUGUACGGCCCACAAAGUUCAAGGAAUGACCGUGCCGUCGGCGGGUGUGUGUCUGAAGCGUGUUUUUGAACCUGGUAUGGCGUACGUCGCACUCAGCCGCACAACCUUGUUUCAAGGUCUCACCAUCCUUGACUUUGAUGAGAAAAAAAUUUACGCUGACCCCAAGAUCAAGACAGCCCUGGAAAGUAUGCCUCAUGCAUCUUUCCAGAGCUGUAGACUAUUGUUUUUGAAAUCUAUACAACAAACGCCAAAGGUUUUCACAAUUGUCCACCACAACACGCAGGGUUUGCCAUGUCACAUGGUGGACCUGAAAGCACAUCAUGAGCUCCAACAAGCAGAUGUGCUUUGCCUUACAGAGACACAUUUGUCAGGGUCCUCUGUGGCUGAAACUUUUCAAUUGGAGGGGUACACCAUGUUCACACGUAGCAGACAGUUGUCUUACAACAGCUGUGUGAACAUGGCCAAAAAAGAGGGAGGUGGACUUGCGAUGUACUGUAGAGACACUGUGCAAGCAGAGCCCCGCAGGCACAUGCAACAGGUCACUGAUUUAGAGUUUGUUGUCCUUAAAAUUGAGGCUGCAGUCAAAGUGCUAAUAGCGACUGUGUACAAACCGCCAAGUUUUCAACUGGGAAUCUUUCUUCAAAACUUGAAAAAGGGCCUUGGUCAUAUGGCUGAGGUUUACUGAAGUUCUGCUUUAAAGAAGCCUCGAGCCCAGCAUGUCUCAGAAGAUAGUUAGGUUUAGUUUGGAGUUAGGCAGGUACCAGGGGGCUUGCUAAAGUUUUAGCUUCAUGUCUUGUGUCGAUGAGAAGCCUGUCUGAUUGGGAUAGUCGUAUGUAUGUGUGUAGCUUAAUCACUGCUGGCGACAAGAGUGCUUGUCUCGUCCCCUGACCUUGUUGUUACCUGUGUAUAAAUUGUGAAGACUCCUUUACUCUGGGCUCAUUCACUUGGCUCAUGAAUUUGACUGGGUGGUGAGUCCAUCUGCAGAUGGUUGGAUUAAACUUACAGAAAAGACAGAACUGACUUUACUCUUUUAUAGACAGAAAUUUCCGCCACAAUUUGGCGACGAGUGAUGGGAUCACUUCUGUGAGAGAGACCCUUAAACUCAGUGCAGACGGGUACCCGGGAGCUCGGACUUCAAAACCUCAACCUCGCCAUCACGUACGCACUUGAAUCGAUUCUUGCCACUUUCGGGUGGGCGUGACAGGUGUGUCAACAGGACAGGUUUGGGUUUUCGAACCACUGUAGAAUCAAGGAAGCUUCAGAAAAUUUGUGUGUAUGUACCUGAAUCGAUUCUCGCCACUUUUGGGUGGGCGUGACAGACGUGUCAACAGGGCAGGUUUGGGUUUCGAGCCGCUGUAGAAUCAAGGAAGCUUCAAAAGGGUUUCAGUCCCUGUGAGUUUUUCUAGAGAACUCUGGUUUGUGAUAGAGAGGAACUGAGAGCCAGCGAGCACUGAGAUUUUCCUUCUUGGGAGUAGAGCAAAUCAUGUGGGAAAUUGCCAUUGUUUGAAUAAACUUUGAAGGCCCGAUCUCUAUCGUCUAAAUGACUGCUGGUGAUCCGGUAGAUGCCCGGAUUUGUCCCUCUCUCUCGUUAGGGGGAAAGUAAUUUCUCAAAGUGGGUCGCAGUGCCAAUUCCACCCAGGGCGGGGCAGAGGGAGGCGAUCGCUGGUGGUUGAGAGCCUAAACACACCACCACCGUAUGCCACCGUCAGCCACAGCCCGCACCACACACGGAGCAACUCUGUGUACAACCCCCUGAAGACAGAAUUCCAGGCUCCCAUGGUGUAGGUGGCGGGGAGUGAGGGUUGAGUGCAGCUGGUUUAUAGGCCUUGGACAUACAGUGACAUGAAGGACGCUGCCGCGUUGAUUCCAGACGUCCGCAAUGGGGGAGCGGAGUUUGUGAUUCAGCUCAUGACCUUUUGCCGACAGUUCAAGCCCACCACUGCUGAACUGCAACGCCUGCUGAUGGUUCAGAUGGGUACAACGUGGGCCUGAGUUGUGGGCGACUACUCCGUGGAGGACAUCAGGGUAGAGAACUCUGACUGGGCCAGCGACGACAAUUUGGCAUACAGAGACGUCAUUGGACGUCUGUCUGAUUCUGUAACAUAGUCGGUACAGAAUCAGACAGACCUUCCCUCUGAAAUUAGACAUGGGGAAGAUUUCUGUUCCUCAACAACGAAAAGAACCGAAAUUCGACAGGCUUGACAGAAACAGUCCAAUUGGCUCAGUUGGCAUGCUACGAGCACCAAGCGAGGGGUCGCGAACGAGGACGAGGAAAGGGACGCCGGGGCAGAUUCAAAAAUCGCCCUGGCACCUGUCAUAGAUGUGGAAAAAUGGGACAUUGGCAAGACAACUGCCCAGAGAACGACGCAACGGUCGACUGACUAGCUGAGGAGCCGAGUACAGUGACGGACGAAUCUGGUUUUGACGCACAGGCUGAGGAGGAGAAGCAACCUACGCAUCUUUCAUGCCAUGCCAGAACCAGUAUCCCCUGAAAAAAGAGGCUGUGGAGGGCAUCAAACCAGUGUUUGAAGCACUCCGCAAGGCCGGCGUCAUCGUUCCGUGUGAAAAUUCACCCGUGCGCACGCCAAUCUUCCCAGUCAAAAAGAUCAAACAAGUGGGCCAGCCCGACGAAUGGAGGUUUGUACAAGACCUACAAGCAGUAAAUGCAGCCAUUCAUGCACGCGCGCCAACCGUCCCUAACCCUCACACCAUUCUCUCACAAGUUCCACCCGACAGUAAGUGGUUCUCUGUUGUUGAUCUAGCCAAUGCUUUCUUCAGCAUUCCUGUUCACCCAGACAGCCAAUUCUGGUUUGCGUUUACGUUUGAAAAUAAGACCUACACAUUCACGCACUUGUGCCAGGGCCUGUCUGAGUCACCAACAAUUUUUAACACAGCACUGUGCGACAAUUUGGAUUCUUUAAAGCUGCCCAGCAAUAGUGCGAUGAUGAUGAUGAUAUGUGGAUGAUCUGUUGAUUUGCUCUCCCACCAGAGAAGCCUGUGUAGCAGACACAGUGGCCUUGCUCUCCCAUCUGGCUGAUAACGGACACAAAGCAAGCCUGUCAAAUCUGCAGUUUGCCUGUGAGAAAGUUGUUUUCCUAGGUCAUGUGAUCAUAAGGGAAGGGAAGACUCUCUCCCUCCAGAAUAGCUGCAAUCCAGUCUAUUCCGAGGCCUCUCACCAAAAAGCAAGUAAUGAGUUUUUUGGGUAUGACGUCAUAUUGCAGACAAUGGAUCCUGAACUACGCAGAAAUAGAGGCACCAUUGGCAGCAAUCGCCCAUGGGAAAGGCCUCAAUGCGAACGACAAAGUUGAGUGGGCGACUGACGCUGACAAAGCAUUCACUGACCUCAAACUGGCCCUGCAGUCUCCCCCGACUCUGGGCCUGCCCGACUGCUCAAGACCUUUCACCCAGACAGUCGACGAAAAGGGUGGGUCCAUGACUUCCGUAUUGCUACAAGACCACGGGGGCCGCAACAGGCCUGUAGCGUACUUUUCUUGAUUCAGCGGCAGGCUUGCCUGCCUGCCUCAGAGCUGUGGCUGCUGCAGAGAAAGAAGUGAUGGCCUCUCGAGACAUUGUAGGGUAUUCUGAUCUGACACUGCUGGUACCCCACGCUGUCUCCUUGAUUUUGCUCGAGCAGAAAACCUCUCAUUUCUCAGCUGCUAGGUGGCUGAGAUACAACACCAUUCUGCUAGAGCUCCCAAACAUUACUGUGAAACGAUGUACAGUUCUUAAUCCUGCUACCCUUCUUCCCACAGCUGACGAUGGAGAGGCACACAACUGUGUUGCUAUCAUUAAUGAAGUCUGCUCUCCUAGAUCUGAUCUGCAGGAAGUGCCACUUCAGAAUGCAGGCCUGGAACUGUUUGUGGAUGGCUCAGCAUCAAGGGACCCAGGGACAGGAAAGAACCAAACAGGUUUUGCAGUCACAACAUUACAUGUCAUUGUUCUAGCUGAACCUCUCCCCUCAAACUACUCCGCUCAAGCCGCAGAGCUUGUAGCCUUAACGAAAGCAUGCACAUUGGCCAAGGACAAGUCUGUUAACAUUUUCACAGACAGUCAUUAUGCCUGGGGAGUUUGUCAUUCAUUUGGCCAAAUUUGGGCAAACAGAAAAUUCCUGACGGCUUCAGGAAAGCCAAUUGCACAUCACACAUUGGUUGCCUCCCUCCUCGAUGCUCUGCUGCUACCAAAACAAAUCGCUGUCUGUAAAUGUGAAGCUCACACUAACAAACCUGACCUCAUUUCACAGGGAAACGCCAGAGCAGACGCCGCUGCGAAGACAGCAGCUAAGCAGUGACUAACAAAACAAUGUGUUGUUAUCCCUGCCUCACCACUGACACCUUUCGCAGAUCUGCAGGAACUACGAGCGAAAGCCACUCCACAGGAGAAGGCCAACUGGAGGCAAGCUGGUUGCGCUGUCAAAGAGAAUGUUUGGUAUGGUCCUAACUACAAACCGUGCUUGCCCAAAUAUCUUUUUCCUCACUAUGCUACGUUGACACAUGGAUGAGAUCAUGUGUCAAAAGGGGGAAUGAUGAGUGAGAUACAAAGAUAUUGGUUCACAAAGGGCUUCUCAGCCUUCUCCCAAACUUUUUGCAAAAGGUGUGUGAUCUGUGCCACAAACAAUGCAGGGGGAGGUCUUCGGACGCAACAGGGUGCCCAUCCACCCCCUGAAAGACCAUUCAAUCAUUUACAAAUGGAUUUCAUUGAACUAACACCUAGUGAGGGAAAGAAAUACUGUCUCGUGGUGGUCGACAUGUUUUCUAAGUGGGUGGAAGCUUUCCCUACAUCCAAACAGGAUGCGGCAGCAGUUGCAAAAGCUUUAAUCACAGAAAUCAUCCCACGUUGGGGAAUUCCAGCUAAAAUAUCCAGUGAUAAUGGCACACCUUUUGUAAAUACAGCCCUGAAAACUGUGGGGGACUACUUAGGUAUUGACCUUAAACAGCACUGCGCCUACCACCCAGCAAGCGGAGGUGCCGUAGAAAGAGAAAAUGGCACCCUGAAAAACAAGCUUGCUAAAUGUUGCGAAGAAACAGGUCUGUCAUGGACCAAAGCCUUGCCAACCGUCCUCAUGCACAUGAGGGCUAGAAUCAGAGCUAAAAACAACCUUAGCCCUUUUGAAAUCUUGUUUGGUCGACCUCUGCACACCGGGAUUGGGCCCGGCACGAGACAGCUCCCAGGGACAGGUCAGUGUGAGGAUGAAAUGUUGCGUUAUUGUGCAAACCUGUCCUCUGUUCUUUCUGAUAUUCACAAACAGGU